CUUGGUGAUCAAGAAGAUGAAGGAACUAUUUUUUCCCUCACCACCUUGAACGUGACUACCGAAGCUGAAGUGAGAUCGUAUGUUAGUAAUGUGUUUCCUGGGAUGUCUUCCUCCUUGUCGGAUCAGUUCUUGAAUAUGUUGUCGCCUCAGAAUAAGAGAGUUGUGUCUUUAUUUGGUGACGUGGUUUUCCAGGCUCCGAGAAGAUUUAUGUUAAACCACACACCGGAUGUUUCCAGAUACACGUUUCUCUCCCAGCAGUUAAAGGGUCUCCCUAUUGUCGGCACUUUCCACGCCAAUGACAUCACCUGGCAAUAUUUAGCCUCUGGUUCUGGGUCUUUGGUUUACCGUAAUGCGUUUAUUGCGUUUGGCAACAAUAUAAUGUAUAUUAAUGCCGUGGGCCUUUUCACCGGAAAGGAUAACUCCAGACUGGCGCAAAUGAGCUUCCUCAACAACAAUUACCAAGAUAUUUUUGUCUUAGUAUGA